AUGCCAUCAGAUGAUCCGGGCAUGGACAUCCCACCUCCCCCAGCUCAUCGCUACUCUUACGGCACCCGUGAAAACCACACCGUCACGCCAGGCAUGGACAAUCUCGGUCCCAGCUCACCAGGCGGCGGAAUCGGUGGAAUUGCUCUAGGAAUCGCUAAUACACACGACCGUCAGAGCGGCAUUGAGGCUUCUCGCGGAAACGACGGAUACACCGGGCCCGCAGAGCGCGAUUUCAACACCACCGGUUCCGACACUCCCUACGUCCCCUCGGCAGGCUAUAUGAGCGGCGAGUCUCUUCGUCCAGAAUAUCCUCACGCGUCGAACAUGGCUCGCGGCGCCCCGGUGGCCUCACCGACCAUGCAAACCCCCGGUCAUUCUUCGGUGUAUUUGAGCGACAGCAGCAAUAGUACUCACCAGUACCCCGCGGCGUACUCCGGUAUCAAUGACGGCCCUUAUCAGCGACACUCGACUGCGUACAGCACCGGCGAAAUGUCGAAUAUCAACCCCGACGAGAUCGUGGAUGACGGCGACGACGACUUUUCUCCGUCACGGAACCGCGCUGCGGGUGCGGCAACAGGUGCUGCCGGUGGUGCGGCUGCCGGUGGCAUUCUGACAGGCUUCUUUGGGCGGGAGAAGAAUGCCGAUGUCGCAUACGACACAGUGCCCGGGGGUGGGUUGCGGAAUGCUGGCGGGGAAUCCGGGAGAUCGAUGAGUAAUGGCGCGCAUGGACGCAAGAAGAUGGGCUGGAUCGUCGGUCUUGUUCUUGGGUUUUUGAUUCUAGGAGCUAUCGUUGGUGGUGCAGUGGGUGGUACCAUCGGUACCCGGCACGGCGGAGACAAAUCCGAAAACUCCGACAACUCCGAGAAGCCCAACAACUCUGAAGUAUCCCCUGGUGGGGAUACUUCAACGGAGACUGCAAAGACUGAUGUGAAGACCAAUGGAGAUCUCGACAAGGAUUCGUCGGAGAUUAAGGCCCUCAUGGGUAACAAGGAACUUCACAAGGUUUUCCCGGGCAUGGACUACACCCCGUGGGGCGUGCAGUACCCGGAAUGUCUGAAGUGGCCCCCUUCUCAGAAUAAUGUCACCCGUGACAUGGCUGUCUUGUCGCAGCUCACGAACACUGUGCGUCUGUAUGGUACAGACUGCAACCAGACAGAGAUGGUCUUGCAUGCGAUCGACCGUCUCGAGCUUACGGAGGUUAAACUUUGGCUCGGUGUCUGGAUCGAUACGAACACAACUACUACCACUCGACAAUUGAAGAAUCUCUACAAGAUUUUGGAUAAUACCAAGGACACGUCCAUCUUUAAGGGUGUUAUCGUCGGCAAUGAAGCCCUCUUCCGCGCCGGAGACAGCAAACAGUCUGCCCAAACGAACUUGAUCUCAUACAUCAAAGAUGUCACUAAGGAGCUCGAAAAGCGCGAUCUGGAUCUACCGAUUGCCACUUCCGACCUUGGCGAUAACUGGAAUGCGGAGCUGGUUAAGGUUGUAGAUGUUGUCAUGUCCAACGUUCAUCCUUUCUUCGCCGGUGUCAACGUCACCGAUGCUACUGCAUGGACAUGGAAUUUCUGGCAAAACCACGACGUCAUCUUAACCAAGGGCACAGACAAGAAGCAGAUUAUUUCCGAGGUUGGAUGGCCUACUGGCGGCGGCAAGGACUGCGGUGACAGCAAAGUCUGUGACGACGAUACACCCGGCUCUGUCGCCAGCAUCGACAAUCUGAAUAUCUUUAUGAACGACUGGGUGUGCCAGGCUCUGGACAAUGGAACUGAUUAUUUCUGGUUCGAGGCCUUUGACGAACCAUGGAAAGUCCAGUUCAAUCUCCCGAAGAAGGAGUGGGAGGAUAAAUGGGGUCUGAUGGACCCCGGACGCAAGAUCAAGAAGGGUCUCAAAAUCCCUGAUUGCGGCGGCAAGACCAUCUAA